AUGGUGAAACCCGAGCCUACUCCUCCCGCUUCAUCUCUCCCUGCCGAAGCCGCAACAGUCCCUUUGGAUUCAACAACCCGCGUUACCCCAAUCCACCCCGAUCUCACCGAAAUAAAAGUUCCACAAGGGGCACUGCCAUCAUAUUGCUAUGACCCAGUAACAUGCCAACCAAUCAAACAUCGGGAUUACCAAACUGAGCUUAUGCAACUGGAAGAACAAUACAAAACACGUGAGGCAGCGCUCCAUGCGCAGGAAGAAAUUGCCAAAGAGGUGAAAGAGAAGAUUGAGACUGCGGAACGGAAACGAGAGGAGGUUCAAAAAUCUAUUGACAAAAAGGUCAAGGAACGCGACACCGAGAUGAAGGUCGUGUCCAAGUUUCAAGAGACCAAGGCAUCGGACAUUCCGUCUUGA